UUCUGUUGUUGUUGUUUGCGGAGCAGCAGAAGCAGUAGGCGUGAAGAUGUCUGCUCCGAAAACUAUCCCCAAAGAUGCUCAGGUGAUGAUGCAGAUCCUGAAGGACAUGGGUGUCACUGAGUACGAGCCCCGGGUCAUCAACCAGAUGCUGGAGUUCACCUACAGAUACGUGACGACCAUCAUAGAAGACGCUAAAAUCUACGCCACGCACGCCAAGAAGUCCAACGUUGACGCAGACGACAUCAAGCUGGCCAUCCAGUGCCGCAUGGACCAGUCCUUCACCUCCCCUCCUCCACGUGAUUUCUUGCUGGAGGUGGCGCGACAGAAGAACCAGACUCCUCUUCCUCUCAUCAAGCCCUACACCGGGCCCAGACUUCCUCCGGACCGGUACUGUCUGACGGCGCCAAACUACAGACUGAAGUCCAUCCAGAAGAAGGUGUCUUCGUCCGCCGGCAGGAUAACGGUUCCUCGCAUCAGCGUCGGCGCCGUCUCCAGCAGGCCAAGCACUCCCACUCUGGGAACUCCUUCAGUCCAGUCGGUCUCCACCAAGGUGGGAGCUCCAGUGUCUCUGACGGGUCAAAGGUUCACGGUUCAGAUCCCAUCGGCCUCCCAGACCGCCACCACCAAACCCACAACGCCUUCCACGCCCGCCGUGUCCAACGUCCUCAUCAACCAGUCUCUUAUCGGCUCUAAGAACAUCCUCAUCACCACCAACAUGGUGUCUCAGAGCACCGGCGGAGACUCUCUGAAGAGGAAGCACGAAGACGACGAUGACUACGACGCUUUAUGACGUCUUCAUCGCAAUAAGGACUGAAGUGGACUGAUGAUGUUCUGUAGAAAGUUCCUUCGACCACAGAGGAACCUGCAAAGAAUAUCCCAGUAGAAGCUGAACCGUUUCUAAGCUCCAUACCUCUGUUGUGAUUUUCAUUAAACUUUAAA